AUGACGAAAUUCCGCGCCUGCAUUGACAUCCACAACAACCUCGUCAAGCAAAUCGUCGGCGGAACCCUCACCAGCGCGCUAAAGACUAACCACACAUCACCGCACCCCCCAGCCCACUUCUCCACGCUGUACCGGGAGGCGAACGUGACGGGCUCGCACGUCAUCCUGCUAUCCCCCGACAGCCAACCGGCGGCGACGGAAGCGCUCUCCGCCUGGCCGGGGGGGCUACAGAUCGGCGGGGGUAUAACGGCCGACAACGCCCUCGACUGGCUGGACGGGCGGGGCGCGGAGAAGGUCAUCGUGACCAGUUGGCUGUUCCCGCGCGGGCGCGUGGAGGUCGGGAGGCUGGAGGAGCUCGUCGCCAAGGUCGGUGGGAAGGGCAGGGUCGUCAUCGAUCUCAGUUGUAGGAGGGUUGGGGAGAAGUGGAUGGUUGCUAUGGAGAGGUGGAGGAGAAUUACGGAGGUUGAGGUUUGUAAAGGUUUGUUUUCCUCCUUUUUCUUUUCUUUUCUUUUCUCUUCUGUGUGGGUUGAUUGAUUGAUGGAUUCUUUCUAUAUAUUAUAGAAACAUUGGAUAUGUUGUCCGGGUAUUGCUCCGAAUUCUUGAUUCAUGCUGCGGAUGUGGAAGGGUUGUGUCUUGGUAUCGAUGAGGAGCUCGUCGAGAGGUUGGGAGAGUGGGUUACUAUCCCUACCACUUAUGCUGGGGGUGGGAAGGAGUUUGCGGACCUCGAGAGGGUCGAGAGGCUUUCCGGUGGGAAGGUGGAUCUGACGUUUGGCAGCGCUCUGGAUCUCUUUGGCGGCUCGGGGGUUAAGUUUGAGGAUUGUGUGAGAUGGAAUCGGGAGAGGUCUUGAUAUGGGGGAUGUAUGACAUGAUAUGAUAUUAUGAUAUAAAAAAAGUAUUCAUCCAUCAUACUUUAGCAGCACAAUCGAUAGAUCGACAAGCGGUAGUAGUAAGAGUAUCGAUAUCAUACGACGGUGUGAACACACUACACAAGCAAACAAUUGUAUAAUAUUAAAAACACCGCUAAAGUAUCAUCACCAGUGUAACAUCAU